UUUCACCUGUCUCGUCUCCUUUGUUUGUGUAUACCUGUGCUGUCCUUGUGUUUGGUGACAGUUUGUCUGUGUUUGCUGCCUUCCUGCAGUCCCUGAGUAUUGUGUUUGCUGUGUCUUUGGAUUAUUCUUUUGGACUCUUUUCACCUGGAUUCCCAGCCCUCUGUAGUUUGUGUUCUUUUUUGAUAUAACUACAUCAUGCUACUCUGUUCCAAAGCGCUGCUGGACAGCAACGCCCUCCAACAUGUGUUCAAAGAGAAUCUCCUUUGAGACAAAAACUCACGAGAUCAACCACCUGCCAUAAAGAAGCAAAAUUCAACCACAUCAGCUUCACAUCCACUUUGAUCCACCAAACGGGUUCUGAGAACGCCAGGAAACCGAAUUCUUCAUCUGACAAUCACAACCUGGAUGAAGAUGUUACAAAGUGAAGGCAGAGAGAGAGCUGCAUUCACAACACACCCUGUUUGUGAUUCACCAGAAAAACACAGCUGCUGUUGGCCCAUAGCAUCCAGGCAGCGAUCCAGCAGUAGCAUUGUUGCUAAGUACAAACACCUAAUUGGAAAGUUGUGCAGAUGUUGGAGACACCCGUGCUGCAAGGCCCUACAGGCAUCCUGAUCACAUGUCCGAACCAGCUGGCUCCACUUGACAGGAAGGAGCACUGACUCCACUCCAACUUCACCGCAGCCUCUUCCACUCUACCUGAGUGCAGCCACCCUGAGGAGGAAACCUGCUGUUAUGGAGGAUGAAGUACUCAUGAGAAAAUCCUGAGCACAGAAGCAGGACAGAAGAAUUGUGCCAAAGGUUUCAGACGCCAAAACUCUGCACAAUGGUUUGUGCUACCCAGAUAGGAUUUUACAACUAUGGAAAGUUAUCACAACAGAAGUCUGUCAUCGCAAUGACUGUGAGGCAUCCCCAUCCGCCAGGGAAGAUGUCCCUCUCAUUUGGGCCUGACUGGAAAGGAAGUGUGAACAUCUGGGGAGAAGGACAGGAUCCAUGGAGGAAAAAAAAAAGCAGUGGAGGAAGAGUGGAACCAGGAGUAGGAGGAGAGCGACUUCCCUGGAACACUAGUGCAGGCCACUAUGGGGCAGAGGACCUUCAAACCGGCUGAGAAUCUCACACCCCUGACAUUAGUCCCUCUCUGUCCUCCCUGCAGCUGUCUUCAACAUGGUGGCCAGAUACACUAAAUGAGACGUCUUAGCGAGAGCGAACAUCCCUGUAUGCAGAGCUGACGGACGGGAGGCCUGCACCAGGCUGCACUGUGACCCUCCUGAUGCAGCUCCUACAUCCUGGCUCCAAUUUCGACGGGAUGCAGCAUACAGGGAAAGAGACGACAUGGGAAAUGUGAUUACACGGUUGCCUAAUGUUGCUAACAAGAAUGCCCUCUGAGGACCGACACUUAUCCUCAAGCUGUGGUUCAUACGUCAAAACCGAGCCUUCUAGUCCUUCCUCCUCACUAGUAGACACCGGCAGUCACCACAGUCCCAGCGGCAACUCUGACGCCAGCGGCGGCUACAUUAACGGCAGCAGACACUCGCACGCCCUAGACUCCCCUCCAAUGUUCAACCCAGGCAUGCUUGGAGGUGGCGCCGCAUGCUUACGGCGCUAUGAGGAGUGCUCCGGCGGUGUGGUGGACGACUCGCCAAUCAAGUGCGAGUACAUGCUCAAUGCCAUCCCCAAGAGGCUGUGCCUGGUGUGUGGUGACAUUGCCUCAGGGUACCACUAUGGGGUGGCCUCCUGCGAGGCCUGCAAAGCCUUUUUCAAAAGGACGAUACAAGGGAAUAUUGAGUACAGCUGUCCAGCCACCAACGAGUGUGAGAUCACAAAGAGGAGACGCAAGUCGUGCCAGGCCUGCCGCUUCAUGAAAUGCCUUAAAGUUGGCAUGUUGAAAGAAGGUGUACGUCUGGAUCGGGUGAGAGGGGGGAGACAGAAAUACAAACGCAGGUUGGACACGGAGAACAGCGCCUACCUCGGCCUCACCAUCCCCCCUCCAGCCAAAAAGCCACUGACCAAGAUCGUCUCUCAUCUGUUGGUGGUGGAGCCAGAGAAGAUCUACGCCAUGCCUGAUCCCACCAUGCCCGACGGAGACAUCAAGGCUCUGACCACGCUGUGCGACUUGGCCGACCGCGAGCUGGUGGUCAUCAUCGGCUGGGCAAAACAUAUCCCAGGUUUUUCCACUCUCUCGCUGGCAGACCAGAUGAGUUUACUGCAGAGUGCCUGGAUGGAGAUCCUGGUGCUGAGCAUCGUGUUUCGCUCACUGUCCUGCGAAGAUGAGAUUGUGUACGCAGAGGACUACGUGGUGGACGAGGAACAGGCGAGGAUCUCAGGCCUGCUGGACCUGCACGUUGCCAUCCUGCCGCUGGUGCGACGCUACAAGAAGCUGCGCAUGGAGAAGGAGGAGUUCGUCUCGCUCAAAGCCAUCGCCCUCGCCAACUCAGACUCCAUGCACAUAGAGAAUAUUGAGGCAGUCCAAAGGCUCCAGGAUUCUCUCCACGAGGCCCUGCAGGACUUUGAGGGCUCCCAGCAUCCAGAGGACCCUCGGCGGGCAGGCAAGCUGCUAAUGACCCUGCCUCUGCUCCGUCAGACCGCCACCAAGGCCGUUCAGCACUUCUACAGCAUCAAAAUGCAGGGCAAAAUCCCCAUGCACAAACUAUUCCUCGAGAUGCUGGAGGCCAAGGCUUGACACGCGGGCCAGUUGUUCUGACAGACAGCUGCAUCGCCCAAUGGGAGACGAGGGACGGCCCAUAAAAACAAAAUAAAGGUGGUGUGCCAAUUGACAGUGACAGGAUGAAGCUUGGCCUACUGAGUCAUUUUAACACUUCUAAAUGGUAAGAAAUAUAAAAGAAAAAAGGGACUUGAGGUGAUUUUAAAAAGGGAGAAUAUCAACCUGAUUGACAUGGGAUCAUGAUGAUGUAUAUAAAGAUGUUGUGUACAGAAAUCAAGUAACUGAGGUCUUGUUAUAACCAGAGACCCGUUGCUCUAUAUCACCUGACGCUUCUGUGAAUUUGUUUCUUAUCUUAUUUUCAUCUCAAAAUGGAAGUGUGUUAAUAUAAAUGUCCUAAAGAACUGUACGGCUACGUAGCCACACUAAGUGUUUUUGUUUCUUUCAUAUUUUCGAAUUUCAGUUGUUAAAGCAAUAGUCUCUAACUGGUCUACAUAUAAUAUGUGUACUGUAUAUUGUGUGAAAUUGCACUGGGCUGGGGGUGGGGUGGGGGAGAAUCAUUAGACAUAUUCUUAUAUUCGUCAUCAAAGAAAGCAAUACCCAUCAAGGGUAUGUAAGAUUCUCGACUUCCUCAUAAGAUAUUUACCUCGUAGCAGCUCCAUCAACUCAUUGGUUUUAGUCAACUUUGGUGCUUACAGAAGGAUGACAGCUGGCAAGUAAUCAUGGUUCACAACGAGUUUGCACUAAGCUUCUAUGAAUAACUUGGCAAUAAUGGGUGUUGUGCUAGCGAACUCCGUUUGGUAGCGUCUGAGUUUCAGUCAGUGGUUUGUGCAUAUAGUGACUAAACCCCCUCCUCACUCCUCUCUGUGUUCAAUGUCAUGCACAAAUAUUGGCAACUAAGCAUACUGUGAAAAACACACAUGAUAAGCUAUAUUCUCUCUUUUUAACCUUAACUGUAUGGCAUGUUGAAAGGUUUGUUUUUAUUUAAAUACAAGUGAAGGAGACACUGACAGCAACAUCUAUGCAAUGUAAUGCAAUCAAAUCUGAUAGCCCUACAAUGAAUACUACUUUUGUGAAGUUUAAAAUGUUCAUUUUGUGCUGAUUCAACUGUCUGGUCAUAAUUGAGUCUAUAUUUCAUGAUGGUGCUGCAUUAGAUUGCAUUAUAUUGUAUAGGUUUUGCUGUUUCUUGUGUUGACCCCCACAUUUUGUUUAGGUUGUACUAUCAAACAAAAAGUGUCACUAUAUUAGUCAUUCUAGAUCAUCAUCAGUGCUGUUGUUGCUCAUAUGUGGUACCUAACUUUGUGUUAGUCUCACACAUCUAACCUUUUAUUCAUUAAACACGUUAUUCUGUGUUUUGUUUUCAGUGUGAACUGCAGUACAAAUACUUGAAACAGAAUAUCUUGAAUUAUGAUUUCCAAAUAACUUGCAUGGGAGAGAAAAAAAACACCUUGAAAGGGCCUCAUGUCUUCUUGAAUGACUAUGGCAAUAUUGAACAUGACUUUAGAACAAUUUCCACUAUUAAAACAACUUUCCCAAACUAAAUCCUGAAACUGCCACAUCUGAAGCCUGACAAAUGAGGUUUUAUUCUUGUGUUCUAUGUGAGCGUGAGGGUAGAAAGUUUAAACAAAAAAUAGUACACUUAUUUUUAUGCCAGUAUUUCGUGCCCCUUUGUCUCUUUAGUCGUUCAAAUGUUUAAGCUUUUCAAAACUGUUUGGAUUUAACGCUGUAGAUAACUGCAGGGUUAUACACUAGUGAGCACUAAUAUAAUGACACUUGAAGAAGGACUUGAAUUACCCUCUGAACUGAAACUUAGCAAGAGUAACGACAGACGUCCCUCUGAUGUUCUGCACCUGUCUUGCUCAUCUCUAAUGAAGGUGCUAAUCAUUCAGACUGGCACUGUAUGUGCAUUUCUACAAGCGCUGACACUGAGGUGCACAAACUAAGUUAAUAAGUGAUAGUGACAGACUUUCAUAGAGUAAAAUCUAUCGAUUGUAACCAGUUACCAAAUUACCAGUUAUCAGUAUGUUAUCAUAAGAUCAGAGUAACACAAUAAUAGACUAAUCAGAUACUCUUAGGACUUUAGGGAGACAGAUAUUGUCCCUUAUGAACACUUUAAAGCAGAAGCGUCUUUUAAGUGUCAAGUGCCAUUAGCUUCUGCCCGAAAGAGAAGAAAACAUAAAGCCGAGCCGAGCGACCAGUAAAUACAGACGUAGGCCAGUUUCUUACUUGAAAAGAUCCCCACAGGAGCAGAUGCUAUUGAUUUACUGUAACGUAAUGCAUAGAUAAUUAUAACUCAAUACAGUAGAGAAUACAAUUCCCAAGAUGCACUUCCCUAAAUGUGUAACCAGCUAAUCCAUCCCCGACUGAAGUGAGGGAUGUGUCACCUCUGUACAGUAGCAAACCAAAACAUAGAGUCUUCAAAUACUUUUAACACUGAGAAAACUGCGUUUUGAGCCAGCCAGUGAACACGACUGGUGUUUACACGCGUUAUUUACAGCAUGUUAAUAAUUUUGCUGAUUUUGCUAUUCAUUCUGAGCAAUCCUGUGAGUGUACAAUGCCGGUGAUGACAUUGAAACAAGAUGAAAACCUUUUAUCUCUUUUGUUGCGUCAAUACACGCAUUGAUUAAACACCGGUCUCUUUGUCGAUAAGAGAUGCUGUGUGAAGUCUGUCCCUGAAGCUUAACUAAGGGAUGAACCCACCAAAAGAAGUGAUGUUUGCCAUAUUAUGAGAGUGUUUCAACAAGCUCCAUCAUCUCAUGUUGUGCUGGCUAUGUGAACACAUCAUGGCCAAAAAACAAAAAUAAAAAAUUCACGUAGCUCCUCUGUGCACUUUGAAGACUGACAGCAGAUAAUUGUUUCCCAACUUUCUCUUCUCCUCAAAUUAAUAUCAGAAAAUAAAAGAAAAAAUACUUAAUUUAUUUUCAGAGUUCUAAAACGGUUCUACUGCAUCCAAUUAAUUCUAAUUGUCUCCUAAGCUGAAAUUCUCAAUAGAAAUGGAGCAAUUAAAUUUCUGCUUUGGCUCUACCUUGGGGACAAGAGACGUUUUAUUUCGGUUGACGGCGGGGAGGGUUUGUCUAAAUCUUUACAAAGGCGAUUUCAUGGGUGUCUGUAAUAGUUUCAUAACAGAGCGAUCACUGGGCUAUGCAAGGCAAAUAUGGCCAUCUAUGUUCCUUGUGUCGUGGAGCAUCAGACUGACAUUUCGUUGUGCUUUGUUUACAACGUGGACAUACUGUACAGUGCUGUACACUGCAAACGUAUUGUGCGUAUUUUACCGUACUAUACUGUAGCUGCUGUGCAUUGAUAAAACUACGAUCAUUUGUUUAAUUUGCUUGUUUAAGGAACUUUUCAUGAUGCUAGCAAGCCACCUGAAUAGCUGUAUAAUAUAAAUCACUGUACUGAGUCAAAUGAGAACAAGUCCUCAUGUUGGGUCUAAGGUGGGGUACUUGCUUUUUUCUUUUCUGUGUCUUUGUGUCUCUCAGCGCUCAUUGAUUUUGGUUAUCAGCACAGCAGGAUGCGUGGUGGUGAAGUGAAGUCGUGUAGACCCUAUACCUCAGUUCAUAUUUUGAAAAUUACACAGGGUUUGGAAACGGGCCAUGGGUUCCUCCUGGGAAUCAGUGGCACAGAAAUAAAGUGACAUCACUGACUGGGUAUUAAAAAAAUGUAGAUGAACCUACUGCAAUUGGGGAGCACAUUCCUCGGAGGAGAAAGCUGCUUAUUCGCUGUUCCAUUUGCGGACUUAUCUUAUCUCCAUGCACUCUGAGAUGACGAGAUUUACAUAAAACAUGGAGGAACCUCCCUGGCCAUUCUGGUCCACGGUGUAUAAAGGACCCUGCUCGGUGUACGUACCGUAGACAUGUGAUUACCCAAGAGGUUUACUUCCCUCAAAAGCAAUAUGUUAGCAAUUGUGAUAUAUGAAUCAAGUUAAAAGGGAGCUUUGGUUCAUUUUAAUUAUAAACUUACCCUAUGCUUGGGAAAAGGACAGGGUGACUAUGCACACACACGUUCACAGUCCUGGUGAUACAAAGGGAGAAAAUGUGAAAAAUGUUGGAAGAGAGAAACAAAAAGCCAACCACAGCUGGGUUUCAUUGAACAGUUAUUGUGUGGCAUCUUCUUGUGUUUUGUUUGUUGUGUUCAUGCCUAAUGUACCCAUGUGUAAAUAUAUGCUUUUUUUUUUGGGAGUGAAUCAAAUCUAAAAGUGCACUGAAUGUACAGUGACAAUAAAAUCACAUGGUUUAUGUAAUCACUGCAAAUGAUUUCUUUUAAUACCUUCAAAAAGAAAAAGAAAGAAAUCUAUCCAGAAAAAAGAGUUUGUACAAAUAUUUGCUGACAAGGUAAACUUAAUAUAUCACAGUUUUUUCAGUACCCACACACUGCCAUCUGAUUUAUUUUACAUGAAUGUGACAGUGUUUAGACUGCUGUCGUCUUCACCAGAUCCUAACCCCAACCCUCUGACCUAAGGAAGACCGUUUGUGAGUGAAAU